UUAAUCAAAUAAUGGAAAUGAAAAUUUCAAAUCAAAUAAACCUAAAGAAAAGGAAUUUAAUUAUAAAAAAUAUGACAAGCAAUAUUUCACUACCCAUUCCGCUUCUGUGAGCGGUGUCUGUUUUUGUCGGUUUGUUUGAUGUUUGGUGCAGAGGUAGUGAUCGUUAUAAGUUAUUACAGUGUUUUUCUUACACAAAUUUAAUAAUUCAAAAUGGUUAAGAGAAAAAAUCAAGCUUUUAUCGAUAGUGACUCAAGUGAUAAUUCUGAAGACGAUUUAGAUGAUUCUGAAUUCCUAAAUCUGGCAAAAAAUAAAAACAAGAAAAAGAAACAUUCAAAAGUCAAUUCAGGUGACUCUUCCGAGUCAGAAACAGACGCAUCGACAAAAAAUUCCACCAAACGGGUUAAACGCGACACGGUUUCUUCGGAUUCCGAAAAUGAAAUCCACAAGGAGGACGCCAAAAGCAAUAAUUCAGAACCGGAAGAGGGCGAAGUGUCUGACUCUACGAGUUCUGAGGAAGAGUUUAACGAUGGUUAUGACGACCAACUCAUGGGAGACGACGAGGAUCGUGCUCGACUGGCCAGCCUCACCGAGAAAGAAAGAGAAACGGAAAUUUUCAAGCGUAUCGAACAAAGGGAAUUAAUGAAAACGAGAUUCGAAAUCGAGAAGAAACUGAGGCAACAGAAGAAAUUGGAAAGGGCCAAGGACAAACCAAUAAGCAGGCCGAAAGAAAAGGAUAGGGAUCGCGAAAAGGACACGACCAAACUACAAACGGAUUUCAGCUCAAUCGACCACAAGGAGAGGAGCAAGGAGCGGAAGAAAAUCAUUGAAGAGAACAGGGGCAAAGUGGACAAGAGGGUGAACGCGAUGGCGGAGCUGAAAGCGCGGCGUGAGGGCAAACAGAAGAGGGAAGAAGAAGAGGAGCGGAAACGGCAGGAAGAGGAGGAGAAAAAGAAAAGGGAGGAGGAGGAGAUCGAAACGAAAAAAAAGGAGAUGAAAUUGAAAGCUUCGGACAUUUACUCAGACGACAGCGACAGCGACGAUGGUGAGAAAGACGGCUCCCCGGCGCAGAACAGAGAAACAUCGUCGACGGUCAAGGCGAGAUCUCGUUCGAGGUCGCGGUCCUCAUCGAGCUCGAGUUCGAGCGACGAGCCAGAGGAGGAGGAGGUGGAGAAGCCCGCUUAUAUGCCAACAUGUCAAGACUUGAACCACAUCCGGUUAUCGCGGCACAAGCUGGAACGGUUCGUACAUAUGCCAUUCUUUGACCGGAUAGCCAAGGGAUGUUUCAUCAAAAUCGGUAUCGGGCAGCAUAAUGGUUUGCCCGUGUACCGGGCGGCCGAGGUUAUGGGGGUAUAUGAGACCGCAAAAAUUUACACCCUGGGCAACACGCGGACGAACAAGGGUUUAAGGGUGAGGCACGGCACCCAGGAACGUGUCUUCAGGCUCGAGUAUGUCUCGAACCAGGAGUUUAUCGAGGGAGAGUAUCUGAAAUGGCUGGAGGCGACAAAGGCGGCCGGCUGGGAGCUGCCGACCAAGGCGGUGAUCGAGCAAAAGCAGGCCGACAUUAAGGAGGCCAUCAGCUACGAGUUCAACGAACAGGACGUUGAGAGAAUAGUAAAGGAAAAGGAACGGUUCAAGCCGAACCCGCACAAUUACGCGAUGCGCAAGACGCAGCUGAUGAAGGACCGGGAUUCGGCGCGGAGCCGCGGCGACGACGAUCUUGCCCGCGAACUGAGCGAGAAACUGUCGCAGCUCGAGGAACGCGCUUCCGAAUUGGAUAAGAUGAGGACGUCGACGAUCUCGAGCAUCUCGUACAUCAACGACCGGAACCGGAAACGGAACGUCGAGGAAGCGGAGAAAGCGAUCAUCGCGGAGAUCAGGGCGAACAAGGGCAAAAAAGUUGACGACCCGUUCACGAGACGUUCGACCAAGCCGAGGAUGAACUUCGCGGUCGGCGAGAAGGAGGCGAUAGCGGCCGCGGAAAAGAAAGCGGAAGAGGAGCGACAACUACAGGAACGGCCCGCCGUCGUCGAGAAAGCGAAACAAGUGGAGAAACAACCGCAGGUGUCCCAAGAGGAUCUGUUUUCGGCCCAUGAUUUCGACAUCAAGAUCGACCUAGAAGUUCCUUUACCGAGUAAGUUUAGAUUUGGGAAAGGGGGACGGGGGUCACUUAUCGACGUUAUUGCAGCCACGACGGUCAACGUGCUUCCAAAGGCGACGACCAAGGACCUCGCGCCGAAGCGGAGCCUAAACUUGCAGGAUUAUAAAAAGAAGCGGGGUCUCAUUUAGUAUUUUAAACAUUACGCGAUUGUGGCGCGUAUUUAAUCAUUAGGCGUCGUAAGUGUUUUUUUUUAAGAUGUAUUUAAUUCUUUCGUGGCUUUAUUACCUAAGGAUAAUGUAUUAGUAAGGUUAUGUAACGUGUUCGGCAGGAAACAAGAAAGUCCCACUCAAUUUCGACGCGUUAUCCUACCGAUAAAUGUAAAUAUUAUUAAAUUUAGAAGCAAUAUACUAUUUUAAAAGAAUUUUAUGCUGUUUU